CUGCAGGGGGAGAGGAUGGGCCUGCGAGGCGGCACUGCAGGUUGGGGGGCGGGCGAGGUGACCGCAGGUGGAGAAGAGGGGGCGGCGAGGCGGCCUGCAGGUGAGGUGGAACUUAGGAAGAGCACCGCUGGCCUGAAGGCUGUGGCAUCCGACUUGCGAGAAAGGUCCUUGAAGCUGGUGCGAGUGUCCCUCCAGCGCCAGGGGUUCCACGCUGCUGGGAGUACCUUCAAGGGUCGGACUGGUGUGGAGCACCUGUGGCUGAUGCGGCACUUGAAGGACCCAUUUGUGAAAGCUGCCAAGGUGGAGAGUUACCGGUGUCGAAGUGCCUUCAAGCUUCUGGAGGUGAACGAGAAGCACCGGAUCCUGCAGCCUGGCUUCCGGGUGUUAGACUGUGGGGCAGCACCGGGGGCGUGGAGCCAGGUGGCAGUGCGGAAAGUCAACGCUGCAGGCACAGAUCCCAGUGCUCCUGUUGGCUUUGUGCUUGGGGUAGAUCUUCUGCACAUAUUUCCCCUGGAAGGAGCAACGUUUCUGUGUCCUGCUGAUGUCACUGACCCGAGAACCUUCCAGAGAGUCCGAGAGCUGCUUCCUGGAGGGAGAGCAGAUGUCAUUCUGAGUGACAUGGCGCCCAACGCCUCAGGGAUCCGGGGCCUUGAUCACGACAGGCUCAUCAGCCUGUGUUUGUCGCUUCUGGAUAUGGCUGCGGACGUCCUGCGCCCUGAUGGAACAUUACUCUGUAAAAUGUGGGCUGGCAGUCAGAGCCGUCGCUUUCAGGAGAGGCUGGCAGGGGAAUUCCAGCGUGUGAGGACGGUGAAGCCUGAGGCCAGCAGGAGAGAAUCCUCAGAGGUGUACCUCUUGGCCACGCAGUACCAAAGAGCGCAGGGUUCUGGGAAAGACUGAGUUGUUUCUGCCAUUUCAGGUCCCUUUCCACGUAGAGCUGGAGGUCCUUCCUGGGCGUGGCUGCAGAGGUCCCAGCUAGGUCUGGGAAGCAGUGAGCUUAACAAUGAGGGACCUUUUUUUGAAACCAGAGACAUGAGAAAGCUGUAUUCAGUGGCCACGAAAUAUGAUAAAACCCAGUCUCUGUAUCAUUUGUGAAGAUGAAGUUAUUGUGAGGAAGAUAGAGGCAAAGAUGAAAGGGUGAAAAGAGAGGGAAGGAGAAAAACGAAUAGGAAAGGCAGGUGGGCACAGCUUUAUGUAAUGGGAGCCUGUUACAGAGGAACUGGCUCCUACCUUUACCCCAGAACACAGCACACAGGUUUCCACUUAUUUAGCCUAUACAGUGUAACACAGAAAAAUCUAAUUUAAAUGUGGGGAUUAAUUUCCAUCUCUUUGUCGAAUGCUCUGGAAAUAAAUCCAUUCCUCAAGCAGCGAGAGUUCCCAGAGCAAUCAGGGAAGACAGUGGGUGUGAAUUAUGCAGGAGGUGGGUGUGCUUGUACUUUUGCUGGAAAUAUGUGUCGCUUCAAUACUCCAGGCCCCGGGCUGUAAAGCUAAUUGCCAGCAAGCAGCGGUGUGGUGUGUUCAUUUUCCUUUUACUCUCCUCCCAGGAAUUUGAUGCAGCCUUAUAAAAAAUGUACAUUACAUUAA